AUGGCCGUAGCUUGCGAGUCAGCAUCCGUUCGUCUAGCGCCUCCCAGUCUGGCAGCACCAUCAGAACUGCGCUUGUCAGGAGUCGAGCCCACGCCGGUCGUAAAAACCCCACAAGACCAGCACCACGGCGGCAUUUCGGGUCUCGACGCAUCCCUUGCGAUCCUCAGCUCAGCUCACGCCGCUCUCUUAGACUCCCCGUGCGGUUCCUCCCUAUCGGCGCUCUCUCUCUCCGUCGCCGUCUCCCUAACUCAGGCCCUGCACGACGGGUUAUGCGCGUCCGGCAAGAUUCGAACCCACGUCUCCCAGUUCAUUCUCGAGUGCCUCGAGGAUAUCGAAGCGGAAUUGCCGCACAUACACGCGUCCCCCGUCGACUGCUGGGAGUGGGACCUCGUCGCAGGCCCCGUGCCUGUGCUUGCCACUCACCACCUCGUUUCCGAGUCGCCGUCUUGCGAUAACGGUCGGGCUAUCAAGCCGUCGAGAUCGUCGUCGCUGUCCAAGACGGCGUCGAAUGCGGCGGUGCGGACGGAAGGCGCGUCGCGGGGUCUUCGCGUGCAGUGGCUGGACGAGGCGAAGGGCGCGGCGCUGACUGCCGUCAGGGAAUUUCGCCGCUGUGAUCAUGAAGCCGCCGCGAUGGGCUACCGUACCGAGUCGUGCUAUAUCGAGGAUAGUGCCUGCAGCUGCUCGCUCCAAUAA